GGGGACAGCGAGGCGGAGGUGGUGAGGGUGGGCCUUUCCGGAACGAUGCCGUCCGCCUUCUCCGUCAGCUCCUUCCCCGUCAGCAUUCCUGCCGUGCUCACGCAGACGGACUGGACGGAGCCGUGGCUCCUGGGGCUGGUUGUCUUCCACGUGCUGUGCCUGCUGCUCACGUGUCUCUCGUCCCAGAGGUACAAGCUGCAGGUCGGGCAUUUCCUGUGCUUAGUGAUUUUAGUUUAUUGUGCUGAAUAUAUCAACGAAGUAGCGGCGAUGAACUGGAGGUUAUUUUCAAAAUACCAGUAUUUUGAUUCGCGGGGAAUGUUCAUCUCUAUCGUGUUCUCAGCACCGCUGCUGCUCAACGCCAUGAUCAUCGUGAUUCUGUGGGUCCGCAAGACUUUGAACGUGAUGACUGACCUGAAAACCCUGCAGGAGAAGAGAAGAGAAAGGAAAAGGAAAGAAGAGUGACGCUGGGACGCGGGUGUGGGUGUUCCUAGGGGCCUCUCUCCUCGGCGUUGUCCUUGGAGGGCCUGCGUGUGCGUCCUGGGGCCGCCUCGUCGGGCCCACCCCCGCCCCUCAUCGUGGCGCCGCCUCACCCAGCACACGCGGAAAUCAUCCUGAAAAUAAACGCUGACGUCCAUGUGGGUGUCUCUCGAACCUGGGUCUGUUGGGACUUUCCAAGUGUAUGAACCCGUGGUGUCAGCGGAGCGCUUCCGGAGUCCCUCGUCGUUCGUGUCCUCUGUGUGAGCGGAGUGACUAUGAAGCGUCUGCAGUGUAAAACCUUCAACAGGUGAGACGGGCCGCGCUGUCGUGCGUAGGCACCGUCACCCGUGUGGCCUGCACGCGGCAUGUGGCAAAGUCGGUGACAUUCUGGGCCGUCCUGGGGGCUGGAGCCCAGGGGGUGCCGGGCAGCCCCCGCCCUGGGGUGACGUGGCCCAGAACCUGCGCCGAGCCGCGACAGGGAAGCCUGGGCCAGAGGACCCUACUCGAGAUGCCGGGAGUCGGGUCCUGAGGACGCGUGCGCUUCUGAGCACGGGACCCAGGCCCAGGAGGUGAGGCUUCCGUGAGCGUCCCGCUGCCCUCCCUGGGACGGGAAGGUCACGGCUCCCUUGGGCCCUCGCAGCAGUUGCAGGAGCUACGGUAGGAAGGCCUCGAGGUCAGGGUUCCCCGGAGAGCGCGUGGGUGGCCCCUGGAGCGAGUGAGGAUGCGCAGCGACGCGUGCAAGUGCCAGCAACGGCUCGGCUGUUCAACAGGUAGAUCCUUCUACCCAGUAGCCAGGUUACGUCCCUUCCACGUGGAUCUGCUGCCACUCCGCGGCGUCUGCUUCCAGGCUCCACACUGUCCCGAACGGCAGCUGCCGCGCUCCGGGGGUUUGGCGACAGCCGUUUGUGAACAACCGUCUAAAUGUCAAAGAUUUUUCCUCCUAAGUGAAACCUAUUCUUCAGAUUUCGAAUAAACCAACGGUGUGAAGCACCUGCAGGCAGCGCUCUGGAAGACGUUGCAGUUCGGUCUCGAGCUGCAGGUGAUGUGUCCGGGGACCGCCGGGUUUGAGCCGAGGAACCGCUCCGGAGUUCUGACCGCGCUCCCCCGAGCCCAGGGGACCUUCCAGGUGGAUCCUGCGCGCGCUUUACCCUGACCCGUGCUGGUUCCUGCCUGACGUCUUAUCUUUGUAUCGAACGUAAAAAUGACGCGGAAGCAGCGUCCUGCGUUGGGCCAGGUUUCCAGUCUGUGGGGCGUGGACGGUGCCCACGGGCCCUGGGCUCCCGCGGCCCGGCGGGCGGGCAGAGGGCGGGCCAGGACACGCUCAGCGGCCCGCGUCCGGGUGUGAGCUCCCCUGCGCGGCAGCUCCGUGAGCGCGGCCUCUGCGGCCUCCGCUGCGCGUGGGAUGUUGAGGGGACACUUGUACUUCGUCUUCACACGGAAAAACUCUUUUUUUGACCGUCUAGUACGUGCCUACUUGGUGGCUUGAAUUGCGGCGUUAGCACGGGUCUUCCGGCCUGGGAAGGUCCCACACACCGGCUGGCCGGGCACCGCCGGGUUGAGGCCUGUGUGCCGUGACGGGUCCCCCUCGCUCUCGCUUGAAGCAGGCGUUCAAGGACACGUUCACGAACAAAGACGAGAAGAGGAGAUUUGUGACAAGAAUGUGUUUUGCGUAUUCCAAAUCUGACACCUUCGGUUUCUUGAUUGUUGUGAAAUAAAAUAUAUAUUUAAUAACA